AUGGCAACGUCCCUCAAAAGGAAUAAUUCUAGACGUAGAAUAGCCGCAUUGACGUUUUUGUCUAACAUCUCUCUUGAUGGCACCCACAGAGACACAAAGCUUGGUCUUUUCUGUAAAAAUAAUUCAGUAAACAAGAGUAUCUUCAAUAAUAUUUUAGAUCAAGAAGGAAAUGAACGCUUGUGUACAUGUAUCCCCGGAGAAAAUGAAGUGUUGCUCAGCGAACCGAAUCAGAAGAAACAUCUGCGUCAGUCGUCUGCAAGUGACCGUUCUCCAGAACGGGUUUUGAUCAGCGCAAAUUCUAAUCCAAGCGAAACUGCAGUUGCACUGAAGCUCGUAGAUCAUGAACAGUCGUCACUGCUGAAAGCUAUUGGCUCCUUCACAACUCCUUUUCGCGAAAGGACCAGCACCACAGGGAGCGACUAUGGUCCCGAGGGGAAGCACGGCCAGCGAAGACGUCCGCCCCCGGCCGACGACCGCACCGGCCACAGCAGCAGCGAGAGCCUGGCGUCGACCGUCGCCCGGGGCAGGCCCUCGGGGGGCCUGCUCGCCGAGGGGCCGGCCCCCGCGGCCAAGGAGGUCCGCUUCCUGCGGCCGUCGCGGGGCCAGCGGUUCCGCGACGAGCGGCUGGUGGUGGCGACCGCCCGCCGGGUGCCCCUGGUGGUGUUCUCCACGCUGCCCUACAACAAGGGCGGGCCGCGCCCGGGGAGGCGGCGGCACGCCUCGGGCCCCCGCCCCCUCUCGGCCAUCACGGACGCCGUCGACCCCUUCGACCUGCUGGGGCUGGAGCGGGGCCAGGAGGGCCAGGAGAUAUCGUACGGGAAGUUGCUGGUCCCCUCCCGACAUUUCUUCAGGGAACGGAAGUACUACGCAGCCGACAACGAGUCUUUGGACACCAGCCACAGCUCGUUGAAACACCACGUGGUGGCCAGGACAAAAUUCUUAACGAGGCAUAUGGACAUGAAAUGGUGUUUCUCGUACGACGCCGCAGGACACCGCUCAGCCACUCACGGAGUGCCUGGCUCGCCCCCUCCCAUCUUGGCCGAGGCGAAAGUGCACGAUUGGGAUGAUUUGGGCUCUGGGAGCUACCACACGCUGCCCUACUCCCCCAACUUGCUGGACGAUCCGGAGCUGAUAGCCGGGAAGCAUCGGACACUCCUCACCUUCACUUCUUACAUGACGUCGAUCAUCGACUACGUGCGGCCGUCGGACCUGAAGAAGGAGCUGAACGACAAGUUCCGGGAGCGGUUCCCGCAGGUGAAGCUGACGCUGAGCAAGCUGCGCAGCCUGAAGCGCGAGAUGCGCAAGAUCGCGAGGUCGGAGAGCGGGCUGGACCUUCUGACGGUGGCCCAGGCGUACGUGUACUUCGAGAAGCUGAUCCUGCGCAACCUCAUCAACAAGGAGAACCGCAAGCUGUGCGCCGGCGCCUGCCUCCUGCUGUCGGCCAAGCUCAACGACGUCAAAGGGGACUCGCUGAAGGCGCUCAUCGAGCGCACGGAGAGCGUGUUCCGGCUGGACCGGAAGGACAUGCUGGCCUCGGAGUUCGCCGUGCUGGUGGCGCUGGAGUUCGGCCUGCACCUGCCCUCGUGGGAGGUGGGGCCCCACUACCAGCGCCUGCUCUACGAGUCCUGACAGGCGGCGGGCGCCCAGCCCCCCCGCUCGCCCCCGGGCCGGGCCGGGCGGCGGGACUCGUGCCGGGGGGUCGUGUAGAGCCCGGUGAGUCCUCCUCCCGCGUCCUUCCCGACGCCGCCGCCGGUGUCGUCGUUCUCAAUCACCGGCCACAUUGCAUCACCUUUGAACAUAUAUACUGUAUGAAAGUCGCGAGUCUACGUUUCUCAGGAGCGUAUGAUGAGCAUCUCGGGAACUUCACCGCCUGCAGUGCGCUGCCAUAACGCCCUGUAUCGUCUCGGGUUGUUAUUUACACGUUAUAGCGCAGCACUGUCGCCCGCUGACAUUCCCCGCACCCCCCCAACCCAACAGCUUAAGGUCGUUCAACGGGAGGGGGAAGGGGUGUUCGAAGAGUUCCGACACUUGUCCGCUAGGGGCCACCGCAAGUCGAUGCCCUAGAGAUGGUGGCGAUUGCGGUGGUGAAUCAACCGACUACCUCAAACCGUAUUAGAAAUUUUAACCUGGGCUGGCGACUUCUAUACAGUUUAGUAUAUAUAUUCAAAGGCAUCACUGAAUAAAUGAAAAAUAAAUUUUUAUUUAUAAGUUUUAAAAACCUAAAUUCAAAGCACGUUUAUUCAAAAAUCGUGCUUCACGCAUUCAUCAGGCAAACAUCAUCAUAUAUUUACUAGUAGUUAAAUGCUGCCCCAAGUUGAUAAUUUUUUUUAAUAAAUUUAUUCAUACUAUUAUAAGUAAACAUAGCAAGUAUUUAAGAAAAAUCUUAGUCGCGAACAUGUUUUUUUUCCGAUGCCUGUUUCCGAUGUCUUGGUAUCGGCCGAGAUCAGAAUGUCGGCCGAUAUCCUAUACCAGUGUGCGGUAUUGAAACAGCCCUAGUUAUUUAAUUUUCAUGACGUUGCUAAUACUUAGGGGAGUUACUUAUAAAUACAGUAGAACCCUGUUAUAAUGUUUUUCAAGGGAGCACAAGAAAAAAACAUUAUAAGCAGGAAAACGUUAUAAGCAGGAAAUCUCAAUUUAACUCUUAACAAUGUUCAAGCUUUGUACCAAUGGACUCACCAAGCUUCGUAAACAACUUUAAUGUUGAAACCAAAGAUAGUAUACUUGAUACAUGAAUUUUCUGAAACAAGCCAACAAUUUUUCAACUUUGUCUUGUUCCCUGGUUAAAUUUUGUUUGUCUUUAAAGAUACACUGCCACAUUUUUUUGUAAAAUUGUCUCACGAUUCAUGAUGACAACAUUAAGAGUGAGAACGUCUACUCCUUCGCCACCUGAAAAUGUUCAAUUUUGGGAUUCCUACAUAUGAAUGAAAAAAAAAAAAAUUAUUUGUAAGCAAUAGAAAACACUUUUAGUUAUGCCCUCGCUCAAUGGUUGGCAACUUAAAUAUCGUAGGACUAUGUACGUGCAUCUGAAUAGCCACUGGAAUGGCAAGGAAGAGAAGAGUUGACUAAGGGUGCCAACUGACACGUAACUAUGAACAUUGUGUACCUUCAGUAUAUUGCAUAAAAUUGUAUUUUAACAAACUUCAUGUAUUGUAUGGCAGUGAUUGUAAACAUAAACAUACAUAAAGGAAACUUUUUAUCGUAAGUGUUGGAAUAAUUUGGUUUUAAAACAUUUUUUCCCCACUUAUUGAAUGUUAGAAAGCAAACAUUAUAAGCAGGAAAUUACAAUAUUUAUGAACGUUAUAUGCAGGAAAUAAAUACAUUGUCCUUAUGGGGGAAAUAUUGGGACUUUAAAAAUAUGACAUUAUAAGCAGGAAAACAUUAUAAGCAGGAACAUUAUAACAGGGUUCUACUGUAGACAUAAUUUUAUUGGUUUAUUGCUCUAUUUCAUUUUUAAAAUAGAAAAUUUUGGGUGUUAUUGGAUUUUAUUUUUAAUCAUACUGUUUGUUUUGUAUGAUAUUCAGUGCACAAGGUGUUAUAGGUAAUGUUCAUAAAUACUUUUUUUUUUUCAACAGAAUAAAAUCUUUUGAUUGUGCUACAAGCCACAGUUUACAUUGAAACAGAAAUUUAAUUGGCAAACACUUUUGUGUUUUAAGUUCACAUCAGAAACUGUGGGGUACAUAAAGGUGAGAAGAAGUGCAUUAUUGAUUGAUCAUACGUAAAUAACAAAAUUCAUUAAAUUUGGGUUUCAAAGAAUAUAAUUUUGGUGUUCUAAGUAAUAUUGUUUUGAUUUCUGUUUUAUUUUACAAACUGGCAAGCUUUUCUUUGUCAAAUGAUGUAUUAAGGUGCGUUUAUGGUGUAUUGACAGACUUUCAGGUUUAUUUAGGUUUUAUCAAUAUACGAAUACACCGUAAAAUCUUAUCCGUACUACCUAUAAAUAUAUACCGAUAGAAUCGUUGCAUUUUUGGGUUGGGACAAAAAAAAAAUAGCUAGAUAUUUUCUAAACGUCCAGCUGUAAAAGGUCAUGAAAGUGAUGAUGAUUAUGUGUGUGAUUUUUUACUGCUGCUAGAUAAUAUGUAGUAAAAAUUAGUUAAAAAAAAGUUGAGAUGAAACACAAAAUGUAAGACAGCUGUAGUGAUAAAUUUACAAAAAACCCUUCAAAUAAUGGUAAUGACACGAAAAUGAAAUAACUAACACUGCAUGUUGGGUAUUUUACAUUUUUUUUUUUGCUAUUGUUUAAAUUUUGAGCUGUUGACAAAUUUUUGCGAUUUUACACUCUACUGGGGCCUAAUAUUUACUAACAAGGUCAUUGACUGGAGGAAACCACAGAUUUUUUUCCCAUGGCUGUUGUAAUUAUUACUAGGCCUGUGGGAAUACUAGCUUAUUGAUGCAAAACGAAUAUCAAAUCAAAUUUUUAAAAAUAUUUGUGAAGUAGAAUCAAAUUGUGAAUAGGUAUAUCGGCAAAGCUGUAUUGCACUUACUGUACAAAAUACAAGAUUGAAGUAAAAAAAAAAAAAAAAAAAUUGUUUUACGUUAGUAAUGAUGAACUGAUUAAGUGAUUAACCAACUGUGCCCUAUAUUUAUAUCAUCAUUCAGUAAAAAUUAUGAAAUAACCUUGCCUGAUAUUAAUAUUGAGCAUUUGUAAAAGCAAAUGAAGUGCCUUAUUUCGAUUUUUUUUUUUUUAAGUAGUAAUCAACUUUAUUCAAGCAACACAUGUUCACAAAAAAAAAAAAAAAACUAAAUAUUUUCAUGAGCGAAUGUUAGGCUUCCGACUUCCGAUGUUUUAAAGUUUUGCAACAAAUCCGAAGUUUUGCAUCACAACCGAAGCUUAAAAUAAAAUGAAUAGCAAGUAUCCUGGCUAAGUCAAAUUGAAUAUUAAAAAGAGCUUUGACUGAUUCGCUUAGUCGAAGCUUCGCGCAGGCCUAAUUAUCAUGCCAGUCCAUGAAUGUUGAUGCCAAGUGCCCACAUACAGGUCCUAUGCCAUGCGUUCGAACCAUAAAGUACGGGGAAAAAGCUGCACUGGAACUGCGGCAUAAUAUUUGAAAAACUAAGACCAAAGGUGGUGGACUUGAUCCGUUUAGCUUUUUAUGUUUGCAAAUUGCUGUUUGUCAAAAAAAAUUUCUUUCGUCUGUUAAUGGGCAUUUAACAAAUAUAAAUUAAUUAAUUAAUUACUGGUGCACCACCGUUAAGUCUCGGCUCUGCCCUCCUUGUAUUAAUAUUUCGAGGGGGAAAAAAAGACUAUGGAAGUAAAGUUAGAUGCUUGCUCGGCUGUAAAAAAACAUAGAACAUAAAAUUAUAGUGAGUGAAGUUACGCUAACAGUCUGGCAAAUUUUAGUUACGAAUAUUUUUCUGAUGUUUUACAGAUGUUUGAGUUGUCUAGUGGAAAUGUCAACAGCAAAAAUACCCAUGUAGCAAUGCUCGUACAGUUAAAAUGCAAUACAGUACAUACUUGGAGGAAAAGACUGAUCUGAAAUUUCAGAUAUUAGAAUAUUUUCCUCGAGCAUGGGCAGUUAUAUUUUCGUUUUAUAUUGCAAGUUACUGUAUAAUCCAGCUUGUCCAAAUUUGUUGGAUUUUUUGUAAUUUAUAUUAAUUUUAUUUUUAAAAAAAUGUAGUAAAAUUUUCUGCAAUAAUGAAACAAAUAAUCAUGUGGAUUUUUUUAUUACAUUAAUAAUUUUGUGGCCUCUUAUAUGCAGAUUGUUUAUUACAGUCACUCCUACUAUUGUGUUUUUUUUUAUUGACAUUGCCAUUUUGCAAUAAUGUUGUAGUAGUUGGGGUUUUUUAAUAAUUUUAUUUUUAAACUCCUGGUAACCUAUCUUUAGUACUUUAAACUUUGUAUUUGUUCAUUUUAACUGUUUGUUAUGUCUUUAGAAAAUAUUUUAUUUACAUUUUUAAGAAGUUCUGUAUUGCUGGACUAACUUCUACAUACUUUAUUUUUGUACUUAAGUAUACUCUAGGCAAAGUAAUCUAGUUAAAUAUAAACAAAGAAUUAUAACAUACAAUAUUUACUUGAAUAUAUGAUGCACUUUUUUCUCUCUUAAAAAAAAAUUACUUACAAGUAGGACAUUUCCAUUCAAGUAGGUAAAAAAUUUCUUGCCAAAAUUUGAAGGUUAAGCUGCAUUUAUUCAGUGGCUUCAUUUGAUUUGAGGUGGUUGUCGGUUUUUAUUUAUUGUACCGCAUCCUGAAUUACACCUUCGAUGAAGACCUGGUACAUUUUGGAUGUUCCUCACAUGUUGAUGGGACUUCACACUUAGGGUUGGAAGUCAGUUGUGUGGUUGUUAAACGUCCCGUGCAUGAUUAACUAAAAAUCAUGGACAAUCCGUUUAGCAUUGUGGUAUGUUGGGGGUCUUUCAUGGAUGAUCAUUUUCCUCGUUGCAUCCCAUGUAGUCACAAACAAGUGUUUUGGUGCAUCCUAUAAUCUGGGAAAUCCCAUAAACUUCAGCCUGUGCGUAUAACCAAUUAACGUUUGGCCGGCCACAUUUCGUUAGUGUUUAUUACUUUACUGCACAAACUGUGAGUCCUUCAGAAGUUCUGUUUUGUAAAUAACUUUUUUGUGAAGAGCAAAGAAAAAGACAAAUAAGUGUUAAGAAGCAGAACUUUUUCAUACCUUGUGCCCUAUUAUAAUAAUGAGGGUACAUUUCUGCUUGCGGGAUUUAGCAGAAAGAAGUGUAUUUUCAUUGUAUUUUAUUUUUACAUUUUUAAAUUUUUACCUUUUUUUAUUAACAAAUUUAUUUUCUUUUAGUUUUUUUUUAGAUGUUUCUUAAAAGUUUGGUAGCUGAUGUUCUUCUUUUUUAUCCUUUGAAUUUUACAUAGUUUGUUUGAAAUGCAGGCCUUAAAUUCAAGUUUUAAAAGCUUUACAUUGAAAUCCAUUUAAGAAGCCACUUAAAUUAGACUACUUAGUAAGUUUAAAACAUUUUUAACUUGACCCUGUAUCAUAAUGCAAUUUAAAAUUUUAAAAAUAAAAGACAUCCUGGUAAUAAUUCAGGAUAUUGUAAAUUGUUCAUACAAUAUAAGACAGCUCUCAAAGAUGUUGAGUUCCAGUUGCUACUUUGCACUUGAAAGAAGUACUACUCACCAGAAUACAUAAGCUCAAUGUUCACAGAGGACAAAAUUAUUGCAUGUCACCAUUAUUAUAUAAUUUAUUAUUAUAAAUGAAAUAGCACAUAAGUACAUCUGGAACACAUUACGAGUGUGUUGGUUCAAGUAUAUAGGUAAAAAUGUUGUAUGUUCCAAACAUAUCUACAGUUUUGAUUAGGCGUAGUGAAAAUAAAGUUCAGUACUUACUCAUAUAGAAUACAUUGGAAUAUAAGCAGUUUUAAUAUAUUUCAACCUAAGCUGUACCAAAAAAUUACAUCAUAUAUUUAGGUAAUAUUUAUUUAGUAAUUGAUAAACACUAAGAAAAAUAAUAUGCUGUCAAUGAAAUGGUUUGAGAUGUGCCAAUUCCAAUUUGAACUGCCAAUCCAGUAACUUACCAGUUCCAUUUAAGUUUAAUUUGUGAUUCCAAUUUACGGCUGCAACGUAUUAAUAUAAUUCCAAAUUGGUAGAGUUAGUAAAUUAGUUUUUUUUGAUGCAAUAGACAUUGUCACACGUUGAAGUUCAUCAAAGUCGAAACAGAAAUGGACAUUUGUUCCCCUGUAAUGCUCACACCUUUGUCAUUAUUACAUGAUUUUUUUUUCUGAAAGUGAUGGAUCAAGUUUAGAAUUUAUGGUGUACAGUGAAGUACAUCCCUUGUAUAUGGCGAGGUAGUAAUGCGGCAUGAUGUGCAAGUCAUCUUGUAGGCUAUGUCAUUACAUUGCAAAAUCAUAAUCUAAAGACAUAAAUGUUAAAAUUUUUUAGGUUUCCUACGAGUUUCCAGUUCACUGACUAAGAACAGUUUCGAAUUUUUAGCAGAUAUAUUAGGCACACUACUAUAACCUGUCUCGUCCUUAGAUUGCAGUGUACGCUUUAAUGGGCAUUUACUUUCUCUUCCCAAUGCACAAUUUAUGGUGUUAGCACUGUCUUUGUUUCAGUGUGCUCUGUUGUCUGAUAUUCCCAAAGAGCACACAAUUGAAAAACAUUUUUAAUGUACUUAAAAGUAUUUUUUUCAUAGGAAAAUUUGUAAUGAGAAUUUUGGAAAUAAAUGUAUUUCAUCAAGAGUAUCAUCUGAUAAUAUUCAAAUCUUACUUCUAAGGAAACGUAACUGAAAGAUGUCAUCUUGUUUUCAAACCUUUUUGACAUAAUAUUUUUUUUAAAUCUUUUAAUACUAAAAUUUCUGGAUUUUUUCGACCAUAGCACAUGAUUAAUGGAAUGCCUUGUUAUUAAUAGUGAUGAACUGCUACAAACAGUUACUUCUCUGAAAUAAUAUUUGGUGUUUAGAAUCAAUAUUGUUUUCUUUCAGAAUGUAUACAACUAAUAAUACUAUAAAAAGACAUUAUUUUAUGGUCCUAAGAAAAAUCAACAAAGAGUAAAAUUAAAAAUAUACUAAAACCUAUUAUGAUUAGUGUAGACUUUUGAUAUUCCAGAAUCCGCAUAACACCGAAAUGAAAGUUAAUACACCAUAAUACCACCAAAAUGCAGAUUAUAUCAUGUAUUAAGCAGCAUUUAACCAAAACUUAAUUUAGUUACAAAAAUAGUAAUCUUUAAUGUUUGAAAUUCAUAAAAUGUCAUUAUUUCCAAACAAAAAUUGUAUCAAAGUACAUAGAUUAGAAAAAUUAACUUUUUUUUUGUGCAUCUUAUAAUGAAUCACUAAACCACAAAUGCUUGCCAUUUUAUUUUUACUGGUCUGAAUGUAUCUCUUUCAGACCAAUAUAUUUUUAAAUACUUCAUCGUAAAAAUGCAGCAUACAAAUAAUCUAUUUUGGUGAAGUGAGUAUUACAAAACAUUAUUUAUAAAAAUAAAAACAAUAACACUGAAAUAUUCUGCUUUGAAAACGUAAUUGGACUAAAAAUAAAACCAGAAAAUUUUGUCUUCAUUUCCUAUGUCUGGUGAGGGUGUUCAUCCUUAUGUUCCUGCUGAACAAUAUUUGCAGCCAAACACCAUAUUGCAGACGUAUUUGCUCUGUAACUUAAUCGAUCAAGGGAUGUACCGUUCUUUGAUCCGGCAUUUUCAGUAAUGCCGGAUUAUUGGAAGUUUACUGUAUUAAUAUUAUGUAAAAUAAGAAUUAUAACUUGUUAAUAAACCGGGUAGAGCUUUCUGGCACCAGUAAGCCCCAUUUACUCUGUAAUGCAAUCCAAGCAUCAGACAGACUAUAGUAAUGAUAUUGUUGACAAGUUAAAGAUAGAUUUAGUUUAUGAGUUUUAUCAGCAUAAAGUUUGUCUAAAAAAAAGUUUUGCCGCCUAGCAGAAUCUUGGAGAUCUGACGUUGAAGCCGUUGCACGUUUGAGCGUUGACUGUGUUUGAACCUGUCACACUCUUUACUUGGCACUGAUUGGUGUGCUGGAAUGUAGUGGUUUCUUAUUGGUUUACUCGUUAACUGGUUUUGAUAUCACAAGUGAUCUGUGUCAACAUUAUGGAGGUAAACAGAGUAUUUUGUGGUAAACAGUAGUUUUCAUAUACUAUGUACUGAAUUAUUUUGAUAGUACAUAUAUUAUUUUCUUUGGUUCCUCUUACAAACCUAGGGUAGUAUUAAGUUAGGGUCAUUUGUGCUAUUUUAUAUAUUGUAAAUAAAACCUUUAAGGAAUUUUUUUUUGCCACAUACUUAAAUGUUUGUAGAAUAAAAUGCCAGUAUUUAUUCCAAAUAUCUUUUAUGUAACUUAAGGACCAAUUUUUUUUUGUAUGGCAAUGAAAUUAGUUUUUAAUUUGCAAAUUCGAUGUACUUACAGGUAGCCUCACUGAAGUAGGCAUGUGAUAAGAUGAUUGUGCGUUGCCGUAGCAUUUGUCCCUUUGAGAAGUGUACAACAUCCUACUCUGUGAUACGCCGAGCAUAUUGUGGAGAAGAAAAAUGGGUCAACACGGGUGAGUUGGGAGGAGGUUGAUUUUCUUGUAGCGUUCUCCCUGUGCGAAGGCCUUCGAGCUCCCAGAAGCCGGUACAGUUAAUGAAGCGAAGUAGAGAAGGAAUGGAAUCACUUUUCGGGGGGAAAUAGUUCAGCAAGAAACCUCCAAGAACUCGCAGCAUUGUCAGGUUUGUUCUGUCCUUCGUAAUAUUUUAGUAUUUAACCAUGUUGUCACUAUAAAUAUUCCUCAUUUACAGAAUAUGUUACGCAAAAGUCUAAUAAUGAAUUCUACACGUUAUAGUAGCUACAAUGACAGUCUGUGUAGAAAAGGCAGCUUAUUUGUAAAACUCGUGGCAUUAUCCUACCUACAUUAUGAAUCACCUCAAUAGUAGUUGUAAGUUGACUGACUUUUUAUGAUUUGAGGUACACUUCUUUAUUGCAGCAAUUUUGAUCUCCUCAGUAGUGUUUUGUUAAGACCUAAUCCAAACUAAUUUUGUAUUAAAUGUCAAGGGCACUCCAGGAAAAUGGUUAUGACAGAUUUAUAUAUAUAUAUUCAUUCAGUACUUAAUAGUAUUUGUGUACAGUUCACUAUGUAUGAUACCAUUAUUUAAUCUGUACAUGCUAAAGUUAAAUAAUAAUAAGAGUUCUGAAAAGAGAUAAGUGUACGUAAUAAUGUCCCAUCUAAAUAUGCAAUUUCUAAGCAAUAUAUAUGCAAAGCUCUACAUUCGGUUACAUUUUUAAAUUAAUAAUUUAGUUGUUUUUACUUUAGAUGAUACCUGGUAUUUCUAAUGUAUUGUAUUACAAAGUCGUAUAUCUGGUGUAUUGGUAUUCUUUAGAAGGUUUACAUAAGUUUCUGUGGUUUUGUGGGGUGGCUACCUUUGGCUACUUUCAAUAUUCUUUGAUAGCCACUGCUGUAGAGAAUUGUAAAGUUGGACAUUGUGUUUGUUUAAAAUGUUUGUGCUCUGUGAGAAUUCCUUUUGUAAAAAUGGAAUUGAAUUUAUGUGUAACUGUUUAUUAGUGUCAGCUAUCCUUCCUUGUGACUUAAUUUCAAAGUACUUGAUUUUUUUUAGUACUUACUUUAAGUAGAUCUCUAAAGUCCCUGCCAGAAGUUGUAUUUCUAAUUCACUUUUAAUAUUCUUAGCACUAAAUGUGGAAUUGUGAGUCUGUUGGUGGGCCUCAAUGGAAGAGUUCACACUGCAGGUUAAAAUUAAAAGAUGUGAAGAUGAACUCUGAAUUUUUCUUGCAAAUAGUGAUUGUGGAUGCUGUAGGUAAAAGUUAUUUUGAAAAUACUUCUCUAGUGUUAUCAGAAAGACCUCUCCAUUUUAUCAGCAUACUAAAACUUUUUCAUUUGACUUUGCCUUUUUAUUUGUUAAACUAAACAUUCUUUUUGAUGCUGUGCAUUUUUACAAAGCAUUUGCACUAGUAAUGUUUAAGUGUUUGUAUUGUGUGUACUAGCAAUGUUUAUAGCAUAAUUUAUUCUAAUAAUAUUAUUCCUCCAAAAAUGUUGGGAAUUUUUUUCAUAGCAAUAUAAUUAUUUUAUUGUGUGAAAUUUGACUUAGUAUGUUAAAAUGAAAAUGUUUACUGUACUGUUGUGAUGGUUAUUGUGUGCGAAGUUGUUAUUGCCGUACUGACUGACUUAGGUACCUGUUUCAAUUAAAAAGAUUGCCAUCUGUAACGUUUUGUUUGGUGUUUGUCAUGCUGUUGUAAGGCAUUUUAUUGACGUGUUUUUAGUAGCAGGUUUGUAUGCAGCAAAGAAAGAUCAUGAAUUGUACAAUGUAAUUGGAAUCAUGGUUGUGGUUUUUAUAAUUGGGCAAGUACAAAUAUUUCUAGUCUGCCGAAAUUGGUUUCAGUGAAACUGCAUUUGAUAUGAAGAACACAUUAUCAAAAUAUUAAUGUUUUGAUGGGUUUUAUUAUGAUUGUAAACAGGUGCUUUUUAAGACACAAUAAAUUUGUGCACUUAACAAGAUCAUUUGUUUUUACUGUCUAAAACAUCACUUAAAAAGUGUUUGCUGUGCAACUGUAAAACAUACAGUGGAACCCAUUUGUUUUCACUUCUCAAGAGCCAGAAAAAAAUUAUGUAAACGAAAAUUGGAUGACAAUUGGCAAUAGUGAUCUAUGUGCAAGAAUUGGAAACUGAGAUAUUUUAAUAGCAAUAUUUUAUAAUGCCUAAUGUCCCAUCAGUUUUGGAAAAAAAGUACCUAUCAUUGAAAGUUUAAAAUGAAAGUGUUAGCAAUAAUUUAUCAUCUACUUUUGUGAAUUUGACACUUGAAUCACUAUUGCUAAUCACCAUUCAAAUGAUACCGCAUUAGUAAUGUGUAACUGCAAAAAGUGAUGUAAAGUGCAGGUAAGUAUUAAAUCUAGUAAUGCGAAAUUUUUUUUUAUUGAAUUUUGGCUAUAAAUAACAUUUGCACCCUCAUGCCAUCUCUGUCCAUACCACAAUGAAGGUAUAUUAUUUAUUUUUUUAAUGUCUGUGGGUACAAAAAAAGGUUUUUGUGGAAUAAGUAUAUUUUUCGAUCAACUUGAUAUAAAUCUUGCUCAGCAAUAAGCUAGUUUUGUCUUUUAAAAUGUAAAUUUCACUGUCACCAGUCAGAAUGAUGAUGGGAUUGUUUGCCCAUACAUAUUGCUAAAUACUAAACUCAUUUUGGCAAUUUUUUUUGUAUUACGUAUGUUAAUAAACUCCUUUGAAAUGAAGUAAUUAAACAUACCUCGUUGAGUAGCGUGAGGUUUUUUCUAUCCUCCAAUUGCUUUGUUUUCAUCUCAGCUUUAGUACAUGCUUAUCUCGUUGUUUUCAUCUUAGAUUAACCACAUUAUAGUGCAGGAAAAAACUUCUAGUGAGCUGGAGUCCAUAGUUCAGUGGAAACGCGUUGCUUGCAACGAAUUGGCAGAGCCAAAUAGUUUGUGGAGCUCUAUGCACCAAAUUGAACCGUCAUCGUAAUGCUAGUGCGUGUAUAUAUGUAUUGCUCGCGAAGCGCUACAUGGUCAUUAUAUUUUGAACGGGUAUGUAGUCUGCGAAAAUACUAGUUUUUUGAUGUGAAGUGAAUAUCAAAUCAAAUGUUUCAAACAUUUGCAAAGUAAAAUCUAAUUGUGAAUAUUGUUCUCGGCAAAACUGUGUUACACUUAUUGUAUAAAAUAUUGGAUUGAAGUAUAAAAAAAAAUAGUUUAAAGUUUGAACUGAUAAAGUGAUUAACUAAAUGAGCCUUAAAUAUAACACGAUUUAAUAAAAAUUAAAAAAUGACAC